ACAAGACCGUGGAUUUGUUGGAAAAAGAUUUGGAAUAACAUUAAAAAGUGAAGCUGGGUCUGUUAAUAAUUAAUAAUAAUAUAAUAUAAACAUCCCACAUAUAAGAUCAAAUCGAAGCAACCAGUUGGUAAAGAAAAAUUCUUCCAGAAAUGGAACCUGAAGAACAGUCACUAGUAAACCCCGAUGAUCAAUCAUCAUUUUUAAUACAGGACAAUCAAAUGUCAUUUCUCAAUCCAGCACAUCAAGUACCAUUGUUAUAUCAAGAAGAUGAAGUGCCUGUAUUAAAUUCUGAUACUCAAUUAUCUUUACAAAUAGAAGAAGUUCACACGAAUCAAGAAACUGAAGCUCUUUUAGAAAAUCCAGAUAAACACGAUCAAAUUAUAGAAGAACCGGAAGAAACACAGCAACCUUUGUAUAAGUUAAAUAACAUAGACACUAAAGAGUUAAUCAAAACUGAUAUUAAACAACUGAUUUUAACAAAAAUAUCUGAAGAAAUAAAUUCUAAAGCUUUGAGUGAUUUAAGGUAUGAAGCUCAACAACAAGUAUCCACUUUAAAAAAUAGAACUAACAAUUUGCAAAAUAAAAAUGACGAUCUCGAUGAACAGGUAAAAUCUGAUGAAAACCGACUAAACCAGUUGGAGACCGUAUUGCUGAAAAUGAAUGAAAUGAUUGACUUACUGAAAGAAAAAAUAGAAAAAAAUAACACGAGAUACCGUGAACUUCGCGUAAAUGACAUUUUAGAAAGAGGUUUACAACAACAAGAAAACUUACGACACUUGAAAAAGUCGUUUAUAACAAAGUUAAAAAAUGAACAAGAAUGUCUUAAAGAUACAAAAGUCUCAGAUUAUCAACGUAAUGUUUUAAAAAACGAACUUGUUCAAAAACAGGAACGUCUACAAAGUUUAAUUCAGCAAGAAGGUGUUUUAAACAGAGAAGUUACAUCGCUUGAGGAACAAAUUGAAAAUAAUUUAAAGAAAAAGCAGCAAUUAAGCAAUAAAGUAGCUGUUAUUACGAAUCAAAAUACCCUCCUCGAGAACGAAUUAGUGGAGAAAAAAAACCUGCUGUCGAAUUUUUUUCCAAAAAAGGAUGACCAAACAGCCAAGUUCACUGAACUGAACGAACAGAAAGCGGCUAUGGAACAGAAAUUACUUGAUGCUACACUGGACUCAGAUAAUGCCAAGGAAAAUUUAUUGUUUACAGAGAACCAGAUUGCAGAAAAACAAAAAACAUUGGCGAUUCUGGCAAAUUCUCAUAAAACUAUUCAAGAUGAAUUUUCGGAAUCUUUAAAAAAAUUGCAGUUAGAAUAUGAUUGUGUUAGUACACAAUUAAAUGAAGUUACAACACAAUUAUCAACCAAUAAUACAGACAACAGUUUCCUUAUAAAUGAUUUAACUAAACUCCACAACACUUAUAAUGACAAAUGUGAUGAAAAAGUAGUAUUGAUUCACAAAAAUUUAGACCUUCAAAAUUCAAUUCAUAACAGUAACUUAAAUAAAUUGAAACAGCAAAUGCAGAAUGAUGUAGAACAAACUAAAAUUGAGAAAUCUAAAAAGCAAUAUGAAAUUUCAGUCACAAUACUAGAUUCUUUGGAAAAGAACAUUGCUAAAGAACAAGAAAACGUGAAUAACGAAUUGGAAAAAACUAGAUUAAAGUUCGAGAUAUUGCAGUCGGAAUAUAACACAUCUUUUCCAGAAAUGGAAGAAAGGAAACAAUAUUUACUUGAAAAUUCUAAAUUUCUGGAAGAAAAAGUAGAAAAUUUGCUUCAAGAAACUACUGAACUUGAGCAAUGUAUUAAACAUUUAGAAGACGGAAAUUGUUCUAUAAAGUCAGCUGUUCGGCAUAAAUCAGACUUAUUGGAAGAAUAUAACAAUAAACUGCUUUUGUGUAGGAAGUUUCAAGAAAAUGAACUACCAUUGAAAUCUGGUUUGAAAUCACCUAACAGAGAAAAUAUUUCCAAGAAAGUAAAAUUCAAUGAAAUACUUUCCUUCAAAUCUCCCAGCGGUAGUGAACUUUCAAAAAAUGAAAAUUUAACACAAUUGGAAACGUCGUUACGAGAAUGGUUAGAAGAUGAGAAUGAAAAUACUGAACAAGAAUUCUAAAUUACGCUGUAGGUGCUGUUGUUUUCUGCGUUGCUGAUGUUCAUUUUGAUGUUAAACAUAACCUUUUUUUCUAUGGAAUA